AUGAUAGAUGCAGAAACACGGUACAACAAAGCAGAGAAGAUCAUACUCGCAUUGGUAUAUGCUAAAAGGAAACCUCGACCCUACUUUGAGUCGCACAGCAUCAAAGUUUUUACCAACUACCCCAUGCGAGUCAUUAUUUCUAAAUCGAAUUUAUUCGGGAGAAUAACUAAAUGGGCAAUCGAGCUUAGUUCAUUCGAUAUAUCCUACGAACUGAAGGUGUCGCACAAAAGGCAAGCACUAGCUGAUUUCCUCUUAGAGUAUGAAGAUAAGCUCGAGGAGCAAGGCCCUUCUGAGCCACAAUGGGAGCUUCGGGUGGAUAGUUCCUCGAACUUAAUUAGUGCCGGGGCAGGAGUUGUUAUCACAACUCCUGAAGGCACCAAGCUGCAGCAAUCAAUUCGGCUGACUUUUCCUGCCACUGACAAUGAGGCAGAAUAUGAGGCCCUACUCGCAGGACUCCGGUUAGUAAACCAGCUUCAGUAUCAGCCCAAAGAGGAUAGAAUGAAGGCCUACAGAGAGGCUAUGGAGAGUGCCUCCGAUCAGAUCAAAUUCCAUCAGAUACCUCGCGAGGAGAAUUCUGAAGCAGAUCAGUUGGCUGCAGCAGCAUCUUCUUCGGAUGAAGAUCUGGUCCGAAUCAUACUAAUUGACAUCCUAGAUGAACCAAGUAUAAGCCCUCGGCAAGAAAUAAUAGUGAUCCCAGAUGUCCCACGUGAACUAUGCUGGAUGGAUCUAUUAGAAGCUUACCUUAAAGAGGGAACCCUUCCGAACCAGAAGGCCGAGGCAUGGAAACUCAGGCUCACCGCAGCUAAAUAUGCUAUCAUCAAUAAUCAAUUAUACCGAAAGUCAUUCUCAGGUCCUUACUUGAAAUGUUUAAGUCCUACUGAGGCUCUCACGAUUCUGAAGCAGAUUCAUGACGGGGAUUGUGGCAAUCACUCUGGAAGUAGAUCCUUGGCACAUAAAGUUCUGACUCAAGGUUAUUUCUGGCCUUACUUGGCCCGAAAUGCUCAAGAGUAUGCCAGAAGAUGUGAUAAGUGCCAGUGA